AUGGCCAUGUAUCCCACACAGCAGCAGCAGCAGCAACAGCAGCAGCAACAGCAGCUGCAGCAGCAACAUGAGCAGCAGACGUCCGGGGAGUAUGUGAAGGAGCAGCCCUACCAAUCGCAGCAGCUGCAGCAUCAACAACUGCAGCAGCAGCAGUCCCACAACCAGCAUCACCAGCAGCAGCAGCAGCAACACUAUAUCCCCCAACUGUACUAUCCAUCGCACUGGGUGCAGCAGCAGCAGCAACAACAGCAGCAACAGCAGCAGCAGCAGCAGGUCGCAAACAACGAGCAACAAGCACAGCAGCAGCAACAACCACCAGUGGCCCAGGUUUAUGGCAUGCCCGAAGUGUAAAAAGAAGCAGCAUUAUUGGCCAGGAACAGGAACACACGUAAACCCAAUCUAACCGUAGAUUAAGUAUUCGAAAUGGCGACAGCAGCAACCACACAGGCCAGCCAGUGCAAUAGCCAUAAUCCAAAGUUGAUCUAAUCAAUCGAAAACCGAAAUGGUUAACCCUAAAACCAAAGUUAUGAAUGUGUGUUAUUUGUGUCUAUUUUUGAGGGGCUUUCCUGCGGUUCGAGGAAGUCGCUUCAGUAAAAAAGAAAAGUAAAAUAUAAAAACCAGAAGCUCUAAAUGUAUUUUAGUAGGUAUAAACAUAUACACGAGUAUGUAGGUAUGUAUAUACCAGAGUAAGAAUAGAGUGGGUGCUAUAAGGAGGUGGUUUUGAUUUACCAGGGCUUGCUUUUCAGUUGGCAAAAGAAGGCAUAACAAACUGGAAACUAAUACUUAAGCAUAGGUUAAGAAAAACCAAACAAAGGUUAAGAGAAACUGUUUCGUUGACUGAGAACUCAUUUUGGAAAUUUUGACUCAUAUUCGAUGAAAUUCAUAAGGAACCGAUUAUUUCCCAAUAGUAUCAUUUCAUUACCGAUAUAUCGACGUGCAUAGGCCUAAGAAUUAGCAAGUAAUCAAGGCUUCGAUCAGUUGAUUCACGAUUAUGAGUGUUUAUCCAGCAUUAUCUAGAGAAAUAUCAAAGUAAAUGUACUAACUGAGUUAAGCACCGACAACUAAACCAAACCCAAAAGAGAAAACACACCAGAAAUCGAGUAGAUAAUUGCACUGAAAACCGAAAAUCGAAAACAGAACGGAUCGAUCGAGCCAGAGAAUAUAUAUACAUAGAUAUAUAUGUAGACGGACCCAUGACUAGAUAAAACUAUAUAUCCUAAACGAUAUCCAUAGAAGAGGCUACUACACAUACACACACUGGCACACGCAUACGCAUGCACGCACACACACACACACACGCACACAUAAGGAACCUUAUUCAUGUAUCUGUGUUUGUGUAACGUGUAAAUGUAUUAAGGGAAACCUAUAAGAAACUAAGGAAAUAGCGAAAUAUUUAGAAAAGGAUAUGAAAGGAAAACGUGUAGCAAAAGCAAAAUACAAAAUGUAGUCAAUGUUUAGCUAAGAAUCGUAAGCGUAACUGUAACACUAUACACUAAAAUGUAAACCUAAACACAAUUAUUUAUGGUAUUUACAAAGGCGAAAUGGCUAAGGAACGGAAAACGAAGCGAAUACAAAUUGUAAACUAUUUUUUACAUACCAAAGAAAACCAAAAAUCGAGAGAAAAACAAAUUCAAAAUGGAAAAACGGAUAAAUCAAAAUUAGAGAACUUUCAAUUGGAUAAUCGAGGUAGAUGAAGAGCCAAGAUGAAGCCAGUCUAAUUUCUAUAAGUUGUGAUGAGAGCAAAUCGAUGUUACGGACAAAGGAAACUGAUUUAUUUUUUCAACUUGGCAUAACGUGUUUUUGAAGGCCAACGACAAACUGUGCAUCGACGAAUGCAUCACUUUACAUAUAUACAAAUCUAUAUAUAUACACCUAUAUAUAUACAUACAUAUAUAUAUAUAUACUAAAUGUUAUUUGAGCAGACAAGAAAACUGUGUGUCAGAACAAGCUAUGCGUAAAUAUAAAUAUAUAAAUAUAAAUAAAUAAAAACUAUAUGAAGAAACCAAUGGAAAUUAAAUAAAAUUGUAGCUGAACAUAUGUUGGAAAUGUUGGAAAAUUAUGGUAAAAUUACGAAAUAAAUAUAAUGAAAUGGAUGGAAAAAAUCAGAAAUACUCUACGACAUAUACAUAAUAGCAUAAUUAUAUUUAAUUAUGUAAACAUAGUUAUGGUGUAAGCAAAAGGAAUAUAAAUAAAUGAUUCAAUGUUGUGUAUGUACAUAUAAAUAUAUAAAAAAGAUAUAUAUAAAAAAAACAUAUAAUUAAAAACAAGAAAUAUGUGCGCAUAACAAAGGCAAACUAACUAACAAGAAGAUUGUAUUAAUAUUUGCAUAUAAAUGUAAAAAAAGCGCCGAGUGCAAACAAAGCUGCAGGAGAGCAUCUGUUUUUGCAAAGGCCCAGCGCAGACAUAUGAUAGAUCAUAAAAUAGCGCCAUCAGACCCAACCAACCAACCCAACAACACGGCUAUAUAAUUGCAUUUGUGACAGCAGCAGGAAAAAUCGAAGAAGAAAAAAUAUAAACAAGCAUAAAAAACGUACAGCAAAAAAAGAGAAUUAUGAAAAGUGUGCAAGCAAAAUGCCAUAAUUAUGUUAAGCGCCUAUCAAAAGCCUAUCCAAUUCAAUCAAAACCGAACGAAGCCCCCGGAACAAACUCACAAAUACAAAUACCAAUACAAAUACACAUACCGGCCCACACCAACACCCACACAAUCACACACACAAGCACACUUGAGUGUGUGGCUGCAAACACGUUAAUAUAUGCAUAGAAAAAGGCGCUGCCAGCGAUUGCAGCCGAGCAAGAGAGAAAUAAUCAAAUAAAAUGGAAAAAUGUUAAUCAAAAAACAGAAAAACAAAAUUAAAAACAAA